UCGCCGGGAAGCCAGUCGGAGUUCAACCGUGCACCAGGCAGCGCACAUCUUGGAGAUAGCGAAAAGCAACUGAGAGUCAGUCGAAAGAAGCCGCUGAAGAUAGUGAUUGUAUCAAAUUUCUCUAGAAGCCUUCAAACCCGAACUCAACAAACACUCAGCAAACGAUGGCCCUUGCCGAGAGCACCACCAAGACGGAAAUGACGCUGACGGAAACGUCGACGCCCGUCAUCUCGAAGGAGGUCGUCACGGAGCGGUCGGCCGACGGCGUGUCGGAGAAGAGCAUCACGCAGUCGAAGAGCUACGGCUCGGCGAGCGAGAAGUCCAUGGUGGAGGAGUCGGCCAACUCGAUCACCAAGAGUCAGGAAAAGUCCGAGUCGGCGUUCGCCUCGGAGCGCAGCGUCACCGAGACGGUGUCGGACGGCGGGGCGCUGGCGUCGUCCCUGCUGUCCUCCUCGUCGCUGGUCAGCUCGGUCACCAGCAGCAAGGUGGUCUCGUCGUCCUUCAGCUCGUCCACCUCCUCCUCCGUCUCGUCCUCGAUCAAGUCGUCCUCGUCGUUCGACUCCAGCAGCGCGAUCGACGAGUUCUUCAAGAACUGAGGGCUGGGAUGGCGUCUGGGCGGGCCAACAACGGUCCGGUUUUGUGAUCACUAUUUUAUGAUUUUUCGGUUGUACUAUCUUACAUUUCUGUCGCCCUUGAAUCCAGUGUGCGUGUGUUCAGCGUAUUCCUAAGACAUAAAUGAACCAAAACCUACGGAAAAUCCAACUGUCGCAUUGAAAACAAACGCAAGAAACCUUACACUUCUCUCUGAAAUCGCACACGUGCUUCAAUACGUCUCCCGUCGGUUGUUUAGUGCGUUCGUGCGAGCCUCUAUCAUUCGGUGAAAGAUCAACAAAACAUACUUUAAUCGCUAAC